AUGGUUCCAGCAGAUGUAACCACCCCGGAGGAAGUGCACGAAGAAUUAACGACGGAGACGGCACUUCCGACACGUGCAGUGUUACAUAUUGACCAGCAAACUCGAUCGCGACUCCGCGAAUUUGACGAGUUUCAAGCGGACUUGCUAGUUGCUGCAUUCACCGCCGAGAUCACUUCCCUUGGGUAUGCAAUCCGCCAAGGCGACUUUGACCAAGUUGUGGCACGCUCGGCCGAAGUUGUGGAGUGCAUAAGCGCCCAGAUAGCUGUCAGCAUGCCUAACGUCGAGCGAGGGCGACUUGAAGUAAUUGCGAGGUAUAACGCACAACAUCUAAGAGCAGCUUCAACGCAGAUGGCGUUGUACACCGAUGCUGAGGCCUCGAGUGCCGUGCAAGAAACGCUCGCCAGCGUCACCUCCGUAGUGUCACCGUCAACUGGCGAUCAACCUCCCGCUGGUCGUCUUCGUCAACCACAAAGAAAACGCAUGCAAGAAAACCACAGAGAAGAAGCGCGUGGCAAGUAUUAG